UCCGGAUGGAGAAUUUUGGCUAGGAUUGGAGACAGUGUAUCAGAUGACCAGAAGUAGCAAAUAUGUCUUAGUGGUUGAACUCGAGGACAAGGACGGAGUGCGAGGAUGUGCCAGUUUUGAUGAAUUCUCGAUCGGACCUGAAGGAGAAGGAUAUCGCCUCGAUGCUUGGAAGUACCAGGGUACUGCAGGUAACAGCUUGGGCUAUCAUACGGGUAACAGGUUCUCGACAUUGGAUCAAGACAAUGAUCAAAGGCCUUCAUCGAUCAAAAACUGUGCGGAUGAAUACGGUGGAGGUGGUAAUUGGUACAAAUCGUGUGUGGUUCAGAACCUGAAUGGUUUGUAUCUACAACUACCUGGCCGCGCGGAUACGAUGGUCUGGAAAACAUUUCGUAAUUUCACCGGUCUGAAGAAAAGCAAAAUGCUUUUGAAAAAAUAUUCAGAAGUUUAUGAUUAAAAUGACAUGCAUUUCCUGGCAAAUAUCUGUGAAUUUUAUUUACAGAAUAGCACGCAAGUGCGCGUAACCGCUGGAAUUUGGAGAACGAGUAAAGCUAAGAAGACAAGAAGUGUGUUAUUUACACAAAACUAGCCCGAGUUUCCUCUGGCUCUGACACCAGAGUUAGACAUUUUGACAGAUAGAUGGUUGAGCUAUCAAUUCACUGACCAUAGUAGUUAUAUCAUGUUAGUGACACA